AUGAAUCUCUUGCGCUUUGCCGUCAUCGCUGCCACAGUCGCCUGCGGCACCCAGAGCAAGGGCGGCGUUGAUUCAGAGUGCCAGGACGAGCACUGCGCCGUAUCGCACCUCCAGCUUCAGACAGCUCUGGAGCCUCCUCCAGCGGUGGAAUCUUUCUUUGCCCUGGCUCCUGGUGAGCUGCAACAUUGCCAACAGCCACCGCCUGAAGAGGAUUAUUACAAGCCCAUCACCGAAGUGCUCUAUGAGCACCCAGGCGAGGAUGCCUGGUGCAUCCUGUCCAAGGCGAAGGGCUUUAACUUCAGCCUGGCCUGCGCCAUGGCGCGGAAGCACAAGUACAUCCGUGGCUACGUGGAGUACGACUACCAGAGAGUUCAGUUCGAAGCAAAAACCUUUCCUGUAGGAUUCGGUGAGGCGUUCCACCUGGAGACGCAAAAGGAGGUUGUCCUCCCAAGCGGCUCAUCCUUGAUGGUGCGGGACUAUACUGACAUUUGGUGCGCGAUCAACGGGUACUACAACAUCUCGCGCGCGGCAGCCUUGAAUGAUUACGAAUACUUGACGCACGUAUCUGGGAACUUGUGUGCCUUAGCGAAGCAGAGAGUGCCUGACUACAGCAGCCUGUCUCUGAACGACAUGCUCCUUCCUGUUGUGCCGCACAUGAACUACAUAAACAAGCUGCUGAUGGGUGACAAGCCAGUGGUGCACUUGAACCAGACGGAUAUGGAUAUCAUGCAUACUACUGCUGGAGUACAGUGUCGUAUGGACAACGACCAUGGGGGCAACUGCGAUGUGGCUUAUUGCGCCUAUCGGGGAUGCCUCGACGCAGAUGGCAUGACGGUAAAGCAUACCGACAAAGGAGAAUGCCCUCUGGUGUAA